AUGUCCUCCGAGCAAGAACGCCAAACUAUCGUCAUUCCCAUGAACCUUGGCUCCCCUUCUCAAUAUGAUCCAUCGAUAUUCCCUCUCAUGAAAAUGAAACGCAUUGACAAUCUAGAUCAAGUGGCUAUAGUUAUUGAAGCUACAUUGGAUGAAUUAUUCAAGAUACGUGACAUGGCAGGGAAUUUGACAGAGUUGGAAUCGAUCUUUGCGGAUACCAAGGAGGAAGUUACACUGAGAGAGAAAAGAGCUGGAAACCCAAAAGACAUUCUUCCAUCCUGUGAAAUUGUUCUCGAGAUAUCGUUCCCUUCGACUGCUCGUAGCAGCAGCAGCCAUAAAUUUAGCUCAUCUGAAAAGCUGAGGAGGUGGCUACUUUCUGUAGAGGAAGAUGUUCAACCAGUCGAGUAUGACGAUGUACCAUCUGACGCUCGCAUUAGCGCCAUCGCUGUUCCACUGGAAUCGCCACUAGAUGAAGCCACGGUUACCUUCUUCACUGAAGCGGCCGAUUCCGUUUAG